ACCCUGGACAGCAAGGACUGUGUGUCCCCCAAUGAGUACACGGCCGCCUGUUCCCGGCUGCUGGUGCAGUUCAAGGCCGCCCUGAAGCAGGUGCAGGGCUCCGAGAUCAGCUCCAUCGACGACUUCUGCCGCAAGUUCCGGCUGGACUGUCCCCUGGCCAUGGAGAGGAUCAAGGAGGACAGACCCAUCACCAUCAAGGACGACAAGGGAAACCUCAACCGCUGCAUCGCCGACAUCGUCUCCGUACGGAGCCAGGGGGAGCCGGGGGGUGGGAAUGGAGGGGGAUGAUCCCGGGGAUCCCAU